UUUCCUUAAUUUUAACCCAUUCGAAAAACUAAACAGAAUUAGAAACUAAUAAAUGACUAAUUAAGCGUAGUCAUAGCUAAUCCAACGUGGGACCCGGCACCGUUUCCUCUAUCAAAGACUCACUCCAGCUCAUAUCUCCAUCAUCACUUGUUUUCUUUUGCAUUUCCCCCUAUUUUUAGCACCAACCUUUCCUAGUAUUUAUACCACCCCUCUUCAUCUCCUCCUCCAGUUUCUUUUCAAUCACAAAACAAUUGAAAGAAACUUGUAGCAUUCGCGGCGAGCGGAUUAGUCACUAGCCAACAUUCGCGACGAGAGAAUUAGUCAGUGCCGCCUCGAAACAUGAACAUAGAUACAUUGAUCUCUUUGUAUUACCCUUUUCUAUUAUCUAUUUCUUUCUCCCUUGUUCUCCCUGCCAUGAUCAACUUGUUCAAGAAGAACAUUCACUCCCUCUUCACUUUCACCACCGUUGCCGCCGCCACCACCACCGCCACCACCACCACCACCACCGCCUCAAUUUCCGAACUAGGUAUCAUCACAUCCACCAACGGUGUGGAUUCCGCUCCCAACGUUCUGGAAUCUGCAAAACUGAAGCCUGAUCCUCCUCCAGAUUGGAUUGAUGAAACCGGGUUGGUUUCAUGCACGGAGAGUCUUGGGUUUGAGAGCUCCGACGAGAUCCAUAACAAGAAUGUUGGUGAUGGAGAUGGUGAUGGUGGUGAUGAGAUUUGGCGGAGGACGAUGAUGAGGGCGGAGGGGAGAGGAAACCGGAGGAAGUUGAGGUCGUUUCCGCCGCCGCUUUCGUCGUUGAACCGGAACGGGAAACCGAGUUUUUUUCUCCGGCCGGUGAGGAAGGAUGGGAGGUUAGAACUCACGGAAGUGAGGAUUCACCGUGCGGAGAUUCUUCAUGCUUCACGGCAUGAUGGAAGGUUGACAUUGCACCUGAUACCAGAUCAAGUUAGUCUAGAAGAAGAAGAAGAAGAAAUAGAAGAAGAAGAAGAAAUAGAAGAAGAAGAUGAUCAAGAUGAAAUAGAAGAAGAUCAAGAACAAGAAGAAGAGGAACUUGUAGAAGAAGAAGAAGAGUUAGAGGAAGAAGUAGCAUUAGAUGAUGACGAAAAAGAAGAAGAAGAAGAAGAGAUUGAAUGUGAGAGAGAAGAGAGGGUAGCAGAGUGGGGUUUCCAUGAAGGGUACAGGAGAUGUCAUGAAAUGGUGAACCAACAUCAUCAUCAUCAUCACAAUGUGCAUGGGAAUCAUCAUCAUAAUCACAUAAGGAUGUGUGGAAUCAGCAUCGUGUGACAUGUGACAAGAUUUUGAUGUGUUUUUUGAGCAAACUUGAUGAGAUGAAGAAAGGGACAGUGACAGGGACAGGGGACAUGAAUGAAUCAUUGAAUGUUGGUGUAGAAAAUUGUGCCCUGCCCCUGUUGACUGCUAAUUUUGGCAGAGGAGACAAAGGUUCAAUGCUAGCUGUAUGCACAAACAUGCGGUGUUGUUUGAUUGCUAGAAAACGACACUGGAAAAAAUCUGAGACAAAGGAAGCAAACAUGUAACUAUGAUUCUAUGAACUGUGCUUUGUAUUCUUGAGCAGAGGGAGAGGCAGAGAGAGCAUUGAGUGAGUGGGAAAUUGAGGGUUGAUUCUAUUGUAUUUACCAAAUUUUGAAGUUUUAUCUUAGAGAGAAGAUUAAGAAUUAAAAGUGUGUCCAUUUUGUAAAUUUCUUUAGACUAUUGGAGCUAGAUCAAGUUCUGUCUAUG